UGAUUAUUCUGGACUGCGUGGUGUGAGGCCGCAGUCUCUGGAGUGAGACUUUACCUCCGCCUUGUCUCGCCACAGCGCCCGCUCCGUCCCCCUCUGCCCCUGAAGUGGGCGCUCGAGCUGAGAGGCCUCAGCUCUCCCAGAAGAAGGUAAAGGGUGUAAAGGACACUUCCCAUGUCCUGGAAAAGCAGACCCCCCCAGGAGGUGACUCCUGCCCUGAGAUCUUCCCUCCGGCUCGAGGGCAGCACCUGAGGUGAAGGAGCAGCUCCUAGCACCGCCGAUAGGGCAGUGCCUCUGGGCGAGGAGGCCUUAGAGUGAAGGCUGAGCACAGAGAGCCCAGCCAGGACCAUUGACCAUGGCGGAGUGGGCUCCGGGGCCAGAGGAGACAGGAGCUCAGCCUACACAACAUGAGGAGGGAAUGAAUUCUGGGUUCCUGACAGUGAGGAUUCGGGAAUCAGUGACCUUCAGGGACGUGGCCGUGGACUUCACCGGGGAGGAGUGGAGGCGUCUGGAUCCUGCCCAGAGGGCCCUCUACAGGGACGUGAUGUGGGAGACCUAUGAGAGCCUGGUCUUUCUGGGAAUUCCUGUUUGUAUGCUGGAUGUGAUCUUCCUGUUGGAGGGAAGAGAAACACCAUGGAGGUCCGAGGGAGAAGUUCACAGAGGCCUUUGUCCGGAUUCCCUUCAUGUGAACAGGUUUGAAAGCAGGGACUCAAAUCUGAUGCAGGGCAUUUGCAUGAGAGCAUCAUUCAAGAAAAAGCUGCCAAACGAGAUAGUAGUCAGGCAUUCCAAGAUGAAAGAAGCUAGGGAAUGUGGUGUCAUUAUGGAGAAACAAAAGUACAAGCAGGAGAGACAACCAAGACAAGUAACAGUUACUCCCAGAACAACUUUUAAUAAAAUGAUCCUACCUCAGUGUUCUACAUUUGGGAGAAAUUUUAGUCUGAGGUCAGUCUUGAUUUCACUGUGCAGAGAGACGAUGGGAAAAUGUCUCCAUCAAUGUAACACACAUGGAAUGAGCUUCCAGAAUUAUCCUGAUCUAAUUACACAUAAUACACUUUCCAUAGGGAAGAACCUUUCUAAGUAUAAUGCAUGCAGAAAGCCCUUCAGUUACCACUCAGACCUAGUUAAAUUUCAUGGAAUACAUACUGGAGGUAAGUUAGCACAUAUUAAAUACAAUGAAUAUGAGAAAGCCCUCAGCUCCAGACAAAGCCCAGCUAAACAAAGGAUUCAUAUUAGAAAGAAAUCCUUUGCAUAUAAUGAUUUUAAGAGAGACUUUACUUGGAAGGCAAAUCUUAUUUGCCACCUGAAAACUCACAUUGAGAAGAAACUCUUUGAUUUUAAUGAAUGUGGAAAAGCCUUCAGCAGGAGGAAUCACCUUGUCAGACACAAGGGAACUCAUACUGCCGAGAUACCUUUUGUAUGUAUUGCAUGUGGGAAAACCUUUAAGCAUUGGUCAAACCUUUUUACCCAUCAGAGAACUCAUACAAGAAAGAAACCCUUGAAUGAAUGUGGAAAAGCCUUCAGUCAAAGUGGAAUGCUCAAAAACCAUCAACAAAUUGAUACAGGAGAGAAACUCUUUGCAUGUAAUGAGUGUGGGAAAGCAUUUAGGUACAAUUCCAGCCUUAUUACCCAUCAGAGAACUCAUACUGGGGAGAAACCCUUUGAAUGUAAUGAAUGUGGGAAAUCCUUCAGUGAGAAUGUAGUACUCAAGAGGCAUGAGAGAACUCACACUGGAGAGAAACCUUUUGCAUGUAAUGAAUGUGGAAAAUCCUUUGGUGAUAGUGUAGUACUCAAAAGCCAUCAGAGAAUUCAUACUGGAGAGAAACCCUUUGAGUGUAACGAAUGUGGAAAAGCAUUUAGCCAGAGGGGACAUCUUAUUACCCAUCAGAGAACACAUACUGGAGAGAAACCUUUUGCAUGUAAUGAAUGUGGGAAAGGUUUCCGAAAUAGGACAAACCUGAUUACUCAUCAGAGAACUCAUACUGGGGAGAAACCUUUUGCUUGUAGUGAAUGUGGGAAAGCUUUCAGCAGGAGGGAACAUCUUACUAGACAUCAAAGAACUCAUACUGGAGAGAAGCCUUUUGCAUGUAAUGAAUGUGGGAAAGCCUUUAGGCACCAGUCACAUGUUAUUACCCACCAGAGAACUCAUACUGGAGAGAAACCUUUUGUGUGUAAUGAAUGUGGGAAAACCUUCAGCCAGAGUGAAGUACUCAAAACCCAUCAGAGAAUUCAUACUGGGGAGAAGCCUUUUGCAUGUAGUGAAUGUGGGAAAGCCUUUAGGCAUAAGUCAAGCCUUAUUAUCCAUCAAAGAACUUAUAUUGGGGAGAAACCCUUUGCAUGUGAUGAAUGUGGGAAAGCCUUCAGUGAAAGUGAAGUAUUAAAAAGCCAUCAGAGAAUGCAUACUGGAGAGAAACCCUUUGAAUGCAAUAAAUGUGGGAAAGCCUUCCGCCAUAGAGGACAUCUUAUUAAUCAUCAGAGAACCCAUAGUGGAGAGAAACUCUUUUCAUGUAGUGAAUGUGGUAAAGCCUUCAGUGAAAAUGAGUUACUCAAAAUUCACCAGAGAAGUCAUACUGGCGAGAAACCCUUUGAAUGUAAUGAAUGUGGAAAAGGCUUCAGCAGAAGGGAACACCUUAUUAACCAUCAGAGAAUUCACACUGGAGAGAAACCUUUUGCAUGUCAUGAAUGUGGGAAGGGUUUCAGCCAAAGGGGGAAUCUUAUUACCCAUCAGAGAACUCAUACUAGAGAGAAACCCUUUGCAUAUAGGGAAUGUGGGAAAGCUUCCAUUGAGAGUGUAGUUCUCAAAAACCGUCAGAGAACUCAUGCUAAAGAGAAAUCCUUUGAAUAUGAUGAAUGUAGGAAAGGUUUCAAGUAUAAUACAAAUUUUAUUUCUUAUCAGCAAACUGAUGCUGGGGGAAAAACCUUUUCUGUACAGUUAACAUAAGAAAGUCUGUGAAUAAAGUACUCAGAAGUUAUUAGAGAACUCAGUGCAGAUAAGUCCUUUGUAAUGAGUGUGUGGAAGCCUUCUGCAGAAGGAACCACCGUAUUAAUCACAGAACUUGGAGAGAAACCCUUUGCAUUUCUCUGAAUUUGGAAAAGGCUUCAGUGAAGAGGGAAAUAUCAAAAUCAUCAGAGAAUGUACAUUAGUGGGAAACCCUCAGUAUAAUGGAUUUGGGACAAAUAUCACUAAAGGGGAUAUCUGAAAAUCUUAUUAAGUGCCAGAGAACCCAUACUAGAGAAGAUUCUUUGUAUGUAAUUAAUGUAGGAAAGCCUUUAACCAACUCAGGAGUGGAACCUUUUGAAUUGUAUUUACCUGUCAGCAAAUCUUAUUUCCCAUCUAAGAAAUCAUGCUAUUAACUUUUUUGAUGUAAUGAACAUGAGGAAGUCUGUAGACUGACCUUAUUAGAGGGAUUGAAAUAUUUUGAA